GGGCGCAGGGCCCUGAGAGGUUCCGUGCCCGGCGUCGGGCCGCUUGUUUGGCUGCUGCCGUCACCUCAUGGCGACGCGGGUAGAGGAGGCAGCGCGGGGAAGAGGCGGCGGCACUGAGGAGGCUGUUGAGGCCGGACGGGGCGGACGGCGACGCAGCCCGCGGCAGAAGUGUGAGAUGGGCACGAUGGAAGAAGCCGGAAUUUGCGGGCUAGGGGUGAAGGCGGAUCUGCUGUGUAACUCCCAGUCACACGAUAUUCUGCAGCAUCAAGACUCCAAUUGUGGCCCAGGUAACAAGCAUCCAUUGGAAGAGGAUGAAGGUAGUGACUUUAUCACCAAGAACAGGAAUCUGGUGAGCCCAGCGUACCUUGCCAAGGAGUCGAGAGAGGCCAUUCCUGGGCGGGAGGCUCGGACCGAUCCCCCUGAUGGCCAGCAGGACUCGGAGUGCAGCAGGAACAAAGAGAAGACCUUAGGAAAAGAAGUUUUAUUACUGAUGCAAGCCCUGAACACCCUCUCCACUCCGGAGGAGAAGCUGGCAGCUCUCUGUAAGAAGUAUGCUGAUCUUCUGGAAGAGAGCAGGAACGUUCAGAAGCAAAUGAAGAUUCUGCAGAAGAAGCAAGCCCAGAUUGUGAAAGAGAAAGUUCACCUACAGAGCGAGCACAGCAAGGCUAUUUUGGCGAGGAGCAAACUGGAGUCUCUUUGCCGGGAGCUUCAGCGUCACAAUAAAACCUUAAAGGAGGAAAAUAUGCAGCAGGCACGGGAAGAAGAAGAACGGCGUAAAGAGGCAACGGCACAUUUCCAGAUGACUUUAAACGAGAUCCAGGCCCAGCUGGAGCAGCAUGACAUCCACAACGCCAAGCUCCGCCAGGAGAACAUGGAGCUGGGGGAGAAGCUGAAGAAACUCAUCGAGCAGUAUGCGCUGAGGGAAGAGCACAUUGACAAAGUGUUCAAGCAUAAGGAACUGCAGCAACAGCUCGUGGAUGCCAAACUUCAGCAGACGACGCAGCUGAUAAAAGAAGCUGAUGAGAAGCACCAGAGAGAGCGAGAGUUUUUACUAAAAGAAGCCACAGAAUCGAGGCACAAAUACGAACAAAUGAAACAGCAAGAAGUACAGCUAAAACAGCAGCUUUCUCUUUAUAUGGAUAAGUUUGAAGAAUUCCAGACUACUAUGGCAAAAAGCAAUGAAUUGUUUACAACCUUCAGGCAGGAGAUGGAAAAGAUGACAAAGAAAAUUAAAAAGCUGGAAAAAGAAACAAUAAUAUGGCGCACCAAGUGGGAAAACAAUAACAAAGCACUUCUGCAAAUGGCUGAAGAGAAAACUGUCCGUGAUAAAGAGUACAAGGCCUUUCAGAUAAAGCUGGAGCGGCUAGAGAAGUUGUGCAGGGCUCUUCAGACAGAGAGAAAUGAGCUCAAUGAGAAGGUGGAAGUCCUCAAAGAGCAGGUCUCUGUCAAAGUGGCAGAUGGGGACUUGGUGGCACCCGCGCCGCAGCCUGGCGCUGCCCUGGAUGCUCACAAGGAGCUGAACACUUCCUCCCGAGGAGGAGCCCCAGGCCCGCAGCUGGAGCCCCAGGCCGCAGAUGGGGGUGCUGAUGGAGGCGAGGGCGGCACAGCCCCACAGAAGCCCCGGGGUCUGGACCCUGCUCCAGGCAUCGGAGCCCCCUGUGUCGAGUCUAUUGACUAGGGUGAAGCGUGCUCCCCGCUAUGUUGAGAGAUCUAUUUUAUGUAUAACUUUCUCUGUUAGUAGUAACUAUUGGUUUUGUGGUGAAAAUUUUCUUACUUUUUCUACCAUAUCUGUAUUUUCUUAGAACUACUGGAUUUAUGUGGUACAGGAAGCUGCUUAGCAGUUUUGAAUAGUUUUAUUCUAUAAAUUCCUGUCAGCUAUGGUGCACAUCUGCCUCAGUUUCCCCAUCAUUGGAAUGCAUGUAUUCACUACUUUGUCUUUUCUCCUUUCUGCUCCUUGCAUAUAAGUUUCCUAAGUAAUUGCACUCAAGACAGGGAUGACCAUUGAGGGAACCCUGUUGUGAAAAUAGAAUUAAAACAGUUCGGCCCCCCAUUAAUAUUACUUAAAAAAAUACCAAGACGAUUAGUUUUGGUCUAAUGCCAUGUGAAAAAUAAAACUAGUGUUGGGUCAGAAACUAGCAUAGCAUAUUUGAUUCAAACUAGUUUUCUGGUAUUUGUCUCACUUGACUAAGCGAGACAGCCAUGAGCCUUGACCUCCAGGUUUUGGCAGAACUUGUACAUGGGGGCAUUUGCAAACAAAGCAGUAUGUGAGGUGCAGCGUCGGACACAACGCUGGGCUCGGUGCUUUGGUUCCAAGUUAUUGCCCAGCGUGGUAACAGGGCCCACCUGAGAGGUGGCCGCGCUCAGCUCCAUUGGCACUCAGGUUUGCAGCUCUCCACUUGCACAGCAAGCCAUUAAAACAGCAGGGGCAAACCUUUGUGUGGCUUUUGCUAGGCAGAAGUUCCUCCGCCACCUUCUGGCUAUUUUGAAUGUUGUUCAGUUUCAUAAGAGUCCAACCAGGAAAGUAAUCAAGGGUUUUGUUUUCCUUCCUUAAAAAGGGAAUUUAAAUUAUGGAUCAGCACUUAAAAGUGUGAAAGUGAUUUCACUUCCAGAAGAGAAACACUGGAACCAGCAUUUUUACCUUGGGAAAACUUGGCAGAGUGUCUCCAUAGUCAGGACCUGUAACUUGGCUUUCAAGUCUGUUUCUCCUUCCUUUAUUACUGUCUUGUUUUCAAAGAGAAAAAAAACAACCCAGUAUUAUCAAGGUCUCUAUGCUUGGAAAGGGGGAAAUUUUAGAAUUAAGCACAUAGCUCUUGAAUUGGUUCUUGAACUUCCCUUUGUUUUCUUCAGUGUUGACUGUGACUCGGUUAUGCAAAUAAGUACGAUCAGGCUGCCCCAGGAAGCCUGGUGUAACUGCAAUAGAGUACUUCACAAAAUAAAUAAAAGGUUCUGGUAGAGCUGAUGUGAGCAUAUUCCACUGAGAAUAUCAAACUGACAUCUGUUAAACUGCUUACUGGACUGAAUAAACUCCAUUUGGUCCAGUUAAAAUGGUUUUCUCUUUGUUAAAAGUUUUAUUUGUAAAGUCCUGUCACAUUCCCGGUCUAAACUGGGUUGAAAAACUUGAAAAUUGUCCAACAGCUGGGAAAUAGUGCCUGGAGUAAAGGAUUAUGUAUCUGAGCUUCCACCAUCAGUCUUUGUUAAUCAAGGGGCCAGACAGUGGAGAAGAAAUUUGUGGAGUACAGUACGUUAUCUGACUACCUUGUCACAAUGAGCUGGAAGCCAAAACAACCUGUGCUCCCCAAAAGCCUGUUAUACAUACCCUCCCCCCUUCAGCUAUUAGCUGGAACCCUGGACUGCUUCGGGGGAAAUGAAGGUAUCUAUUCAAAACAUAAUCUACCUUAAAAUCAGUACUCAUGAUCACAUUUCACACAACUCUGCUGGAUGUACCCCUCUUAACUUUGUAGCAAGCCAUGUAUGUAGCUCACCAUGCUCUUUUGUGGUGCCUGUCCUGUGUGGAAGACUGUAAAUCUUGGACCUGUUGCAUAUUUUCAAGGGCUUUAUAAAGCAAUGUGAUUUAACAGUACUUGGCCUGCUGCUUUUGGGUUCCAUGUAUUUUUAGCUAGAUGCUACCAUGGUGUUUAAAGGAUAUGGAUCCUGUCUGGGAAUGCACUCAGAAUCUUUCCUCCCAUCACCCUGUGAAUAAACACAAAUGGGACCCCUGAAGUGAUCGCCCCAGCAGCCUAGUGUUGUGGCUUCGUAGCAAGCCCUGUGUGUCCCGUGUUCUAGAACACUGUAACACUGCUAGGCUGUCCCAGAAGGUUGAUGCAAUGCUCGAAAUCAUGCCAACUGCCUUUGGUGCACCAUGUUUGUAUGUGUUAUUUAUAGUGGCAGCAGACCCCACAGUGUAGGAGAAUGGGUCUUGGGUAACAGACCGUUUCACCCUGACUUGUAGAGUGCGUUUCUUGGUCUCAAGAUCAGUAUGUUUUAGUUAUGUAUGCAACUGCCUUUAUCACACCUGGUUAUCACAAUUCAAUUCUCAGGUGUUGCAGAAAAAUCUACCUCUUUCAGACUGUAGAUGGAAAUAACUGUGAAAAAAUGAUGCAGAUUAUCUCUAGUUUGUGCUAAACACACUGCUUUAUUUUUACAGCCCACGUCUUUCAUGAGGAUACGAAUUGUUAAGAGGCAGUCUUGUGUUGCUUUUCAAAGACAUUUUGUAGAUUUUUCACUAAUGUGAAUUGAUUUUAUCUACUCGAUUCUGUAUAGAUUAAGUAAAUAUGUAUGAUAAAUUUAA